CGCAGCUCAGUGCUCCUCUGCCUCCUCCUCAGGCCAGAUCAGCCAUGCAUCUCUCUCAAGAGGACGGAAAGGUAGAGAUUGUACUGAAGGAGGAAGAAGCCACAGGAACAUCAUUUGAAACUUCAGGAAACAGCCACCAGCCAGACCACAUGGUCAUAACAGAACCAAGGAGUGACAGCUUAGACGAGAGCCUUGACCACAGGCCUGGGAAUACCCUUAUCUACUCCAUCAAUGACCGUCCACCUUGGUACCUCUGUGUUCUCCUCGGCUUCCAGCAUUACAUACUGGCAUUUGGUGGCAUCUUGGCUAUCCCUCUCAUUCUCGCUGAGCCACUGUGCAUUAAGGACAACAAUGGAGCCAAGAGCCAGCUCAUCUCCACCAUCUUCUUCGUGUCAGGCAUUUGCACUGUGCUGCAGACGACUAUUGGGACCAGGUUGCCAAUCCUGCAAGGUGGAACGUUCACCUUCAUCACGCCAACACUGGCCGUCCUGGCUCUGCCCAAGUGGAAGUGCCCAGAAGUUGCCGCAAACGCUGACCUCAAUGCCACGGCAGAGUCCGUCUCACUCACAGACCCUGAGGAGGUUUGGAAAGUGCGCAUGCGUGAGAUCCAGGGGGCCAUUCUGGUGGCAUCGGUGCUGCAGGUUGUGCUUGGGCUGUCUGGUCUGGUGGGGCUGGUGCUGAAGUUCAUCGGGCCACUGGCCAUCGCACCCACCAUCAACCUGAUCGGGUUGGCACUGUUCAGAGAGGCUGGGCAGAAGUCAGGAGCACACUGGGGAAUUUCAGCUCUGACAGUGUGUCUUAUUCUGCUCUUCUCCCAGUAUCUCAGCAAGGUCGAUGUUCCGCUCAUUGCUUACAAGGACAAAAAGUGGAAGGUCUUUCAGUACCCGCUUUUUAAGCUCUUUUCGGCCCUGUUUGGGAUGUGUGGAGCCUGGCUGGUCUGCUUCUUCCUGACAUACUUCAAUGCUUUGCCCACAUCGCCGGAUGAGUACGGCUACAAGGCCAGGACAGACAUCAACCUGGAUGCAGUAAGCAGCGCUGCAUGGUUCUUUGUGCCCUACCCAGGGCAGUGGGGUCUCCCGACAGUGAGCUUCUCCUCUGUCCUUGGCAUGGUGGCAGGGGUGCUGGCCUCCACCAUGGAGUCCAUCGGGGAUUAUUAUGCCUGUGCAAGGCUCUCUGGUGCUCCCCCUCCACCCACACAUGCCAUUAAUCGGGGGAUCGCUGUGGAGGGUCUGGGCUGCAUUUUGGCUGCUCUGUGGGGCACCGGCAACGGAACAACUUCGUACAGCCAGAACAUUGCUGCCCUUGGAAUCACCAGGGUUGGCAGCAGGCUGGUGUUGCAGACAGCUGGCCUCCUCAUGGUCUUCCUGGGACUCUUCGGGAAGUUCAGUGCCGUGUUCAUCACGAUCCCAGACCCGGUCAUCGGAGGCAUGUUCCUGGUCAUGUUUGGAAUGAUUGCAGCUGUGGGAAUAUCAAACCUGCAGUAUGUGGACUUGAACUCUUCCAGAAAUCUGCUGAUCCUUGGUUUUUCAACCUUCAGUGGCCUUGUCCUGCCGACGUGGUUUCAUUCAAACCCAGACAUGAUUAACACAGGCAUAACAGAAUUGGAUCAACUAAUCAUGGUGCUUUUCACCACCCACAUGUUCAUUGGUGGUUUCUUUGGAUUUGUUCUAGACAACACGAUUCCAGGGACAGACGAGGAGAGAGGAAUAAAGAGCUGGAGGAAGACAGUCCACGGCAUUAACAGCGCAUACUUCAGCGAUCAGUCCUGUUACAAUCUGCCCUUCUGCAUGAACUUCCUCCACAGAUUCAGAUUCCUUCAGCACCUUCCCUUCCUUCCUCACCUGAAGUCCCAGGACCAGGGGACACACCUUUAAAACCUGAAGCUUCAGAUUAAACUCGUUACAGAUUCCAAAAAGUGUUCUGGACACAUUAACAAUUUACUGUAGUAUAGGCCUAAUUUAUUAGGCCGUUAAUGUACAGACAUUUUUUAUAACCAUACUGUUUUCUGCAUGGCCCUGCGGUAUGAAAACAUGUGAAUGUGGUCAUUGAUUUAUGGCCAAGCUUAAGUCAUGUUUGGGAAACCAAUCCAACAUCAUUAAAGCUAGACCUAAUGGUGAGGUAACAAUUUAGAAAAGAUCCCGAGGUCUAGAAAGGGAGGUUUCUCAGUUUACAGUUUCUGUUGAAGCUGUUAUCCAGAGAUAAGAAAUAAAUUCCAGGAUACUUCUUGCAGUCUUGCAAUACCUAAUGACUCAGAUAGCUCAAUCCAAACAUGCCCCUAGCCAACAACUACAUGUAAGAUUUCAAACGUCUCCCACAUCCAUAAACUUGUCCUUCAGAAAAAAUUUCACCUGGGUUUAUUUUUAUGGCCUGCUGCUAUACACCGUCGGUGCUGAAUUAGGCACAUGAUUCUGUUUAAUGCUGUUGUUUUUGAGCGGUUUGCUGAGAUAUCAGACCUCUUGCAGUGUUGCUUCAGUCAAGUAUUUGCAUUGUGCAAAUAACAUUUGCGCCUUUGCCUGGAGCAGUUAAAAUACUGUGCGAAAGUCAGAGACCACCUUUCAUUUAUAUAAUUUCCAGUCAGGAUAUCCUUUAAGUACAAGGUUUUCAUUCAUAUUUCCGGAGACAUUUCUAAGGAGAUUAUAUAUAAGGUAAUCCACUUGCAUAAGAAAGGGGAAAGUCAAAGGAAACCAAGGGCCAAUCCCAUUUGAACCCUUGCGCCUACCACUUAGCCCUUAGCCCUUCGC